CCGGGGAAAACGGGGCGAGGGCACCCCCCCUGCACCCCAAGGUUGGUUGGGAGUGUUGAAAACUGCACUGUGAGCUCUUCAUGGAGGUGGAAAGUAAUUCUAGUGUCAGCCAGGACUCUAUGGCUAGCUUCACUGCCGGUGACGUGCUUAUCCGCUCCACCAGCCUCCACACAAAAGAAAAACCCACUGGCACUUGGACAGCCGCUACUGACUGCAGUAGAAAAAAAGUUAAAAUUUCAGUAAAGAAGCUUCGUGAAGUGGCUUCUCCCUACCAGGCAGAUGAUGCAGCUUUGAAUAAAAACAAAACAGCCUAUAUUCCUCCAGCAUUGUCAGCAAACAAACCUCAGCCGAAUAGAUCAACUGUCACUACCUCCAGCAGCGUUACACAGGCUGUCCGAAGUAUGUUGGCUGAAAGAAGUUCAGAACAUCUUCUUUCGGUAGAAAAUGAUUUAGAACCCACACUAUUAUCACAGAAGGAUUACUCUAAGGAAGCUGCAGUAAAAGGAGUUCCUUUGCAAGUAAUGGAAGAUGGAAAUAGACCAGAAGAUGGUGAUAUAUUUAUUUCUCAAUACACUACUGGCGAGAAAGAAGCUUUACGCGCUGUAUUAAAGCAGAGAACCCAAAACCCUCCAGUAUUUAAGGAGGUGAAGGUACAGCUUUUAGAAAAUGUAUCUACGGAAAAGAAAGAGAGUGCUCAAGAUACCAGGUCAGCACACAGCAAUAUAGAUUCAGCCACAACCAUCGCGGCAGCCACAGCAGCUGCCAUUGCUACAACAGCUCCACUUCUCAAAGUUCAAAGCGAUUUGGAAGCAAAAGUUAGCUCUGUUUCAGCAUUGCUCAAUAAACUGCAGGAGACUGACAAGCAGCUGCAACGCGUUGCAGAACAGCAAACAAAUAUAAAGACUCAACAGCAGGAGAGAUCCCGUUGUCAUGACAGAGUCAACGAGCUUGAAAAACAGAUGCAUGUGUUCAUGGAACAGCGGAUUCAGCAUCUUGAAAAGUUACAACAGCAACAAAUACAUGUUCAGUCUCAUCUCAUUAGCUCUGCAAUCAACACAGGUUGUUUCCAACCAGUUAACAUACCAUCUUCCAAUUUGGUGGCAAAGCAUUCUACAAACCCAGAACGACAGCAGCCACUUACCAGCCAAGUCUCUUCAUGUCAUAGGAAUUUAUUCUCUACCAAUGCUGUGCCCACCCAAGCGUAUCCAAGUCAAUUUGGAAAGUAUGGCGUUCGUACACAGAAAUCCCCUCUGAGGACACCAGCUCCUCGGAGAUAUGCUCCUGUACCUGUAUCAAAAGAUGUGAAAAUCUCACAGAAAAUUUCCAAGAAAGAGAGACCUAUCGCAGAAAAGGAAAAUGUGCCCAAAUCAGCAUAUGGAAGUGUUGUGGGUGGAGGGAGACUUCUGGAGCAGAUUUUGAAUUCUCAAGAAACUCCAUUGAGACAAACUGAGUCUUCUGAGAAGUCGUCAUUAAACACCACCAAAAUGGCCUGGCAUUCUGAGAGAGAGUGCAGGCCUCCUGCCCUGCGAACUGACUCAAUCCCUGCCUUUGAAGGCCCCCUCCAAGAUUACAAUUCAAUUAAUAAAACAGUGAAGAAAGCAGAAGAUGUGCUUCAAGAUCUUGGCCAGCUGAAAAGAGAAAUGCAUGGCAUGCUCCAGGAAGCAAAAGCAUGGAAAUCAGACAUGAAUGAUUUUGUUAAGCCGACAAACCCUGUUGUUGCACCUAGUCUUGCUGAAUGUCCUCAGGUGUCCAAGCCAUCUAUUCUUCAGACAGUUAAAGCACCAAAAUCCAUGUUGAAGGAUGCUGAAAGGAUUUUAAGAGGCGUACAAAACAAUAAAAAAGUCCUUGAAGAAAAUUUGGAAGCCAUUAUUCGUGCAAAAGAUGGAGAUGCCAUGUAUACCUUUAUUAAUGCUUUGACUACAAACAGACAUGUAUUGGAGGAGAUUCGUAUCAGGAAGACAGUAGAUGAGUGGAUUAAAGCAAUCACUGUGGAAAUUCAGGCAGAAAUGGCAAAAAAUGAUUAUGAACAAACACAAUAUAAUCAAAAAGAUCCGAAGACUCCAUGGACCAAGAGAACACAGAAUACCAGGGAUAUGAAGACCAACAAAGAAAUUAAAGCAAAAACUCAAAAAACCCAAGGAUCCUUAACAAAGAAGCAUUUAUCUGCUGCUAAGCCUUCUCAGAAGCAGUCAGAGGAUAACUUUAGAAGACAGAGCUUGAGAAGUUACUCAGUUUCUGAAACUUUGCUGAAGAAAGAAGGAAGGGCAGAGGGACCUCUGAAAGCAAGCACGGUACAGAAUGAAGAGUAUCUGUCCCAGGUAUAUGGGAGACCAAUUUACCAGGGCCACCGCAGCACGCUUAAAAAAGCGCCAUAUCUCAGGUUCAACUCUCCUUCUCCCAAAUCCAAACCUCAAAGACCAAAAGUUAUAGAGUGUGUAUUACCGAAUGUAGAUAUUGACAGUAUUUCAAAUGACAGUGUGAGUAUAAACCAGGCUUCUACAAGCUCUGAAGCAGCACUUCCUCCUGUCAGCAGUCUGAUUCAGGGUCCAGAACAAACUCAGUAUGAGGAGGAAGAUCUGAAGUUCCCAGGAACUAAUUUUGUUGAUGUUACUGAUGUCAUUCAGGAUCAGGAGGAGGAGGAUGGAAUCCCAGAAUUGUCUGAACCAAUCCUGGAAUUUAAUAGACAAACGGAAGUUGUUUCUCCAAAAUAUAAUGGCCCUCCAUUUCCCCCAGCUGCUCCUGCUUCUCAACAGCCAGCUGAUAUUCUGGAUGAAAUCAUUGAAAGGAGGGAAACUUUAGAAAAUAGGUUGAUUAGCUGGGUGGAACAAGAAGUAAUGGCACGAAUUAUUAGCGGGAUGUACCCCGUCCAGCAGGAAAGAGUGCCCAGGGUGAGUGCAUCAGAGAGCGAAGAGAGUGAGGCUGUAACCUCUGACAUUGUUGAGGCAGCAGGUGGUGGAGGAUUCCAGCUCUUUGUCAGCGCUGGUGUGCCAGUGAACUCAGAAAUGAUUAGUCAUUUUGUGAAUGAAGCUCUUACUGAGACUAUUGCCGUCAUGCUGGGUGACAGGGAGGCUCAGAAAGCAGUUCCUGCUGCAAAUGUUCUUCAAAGCACAACAGUCUUGCCAGAGUCUGUGGUGUCUACUCCAUUGGCUACACCACCUCAUACACCACUUCCUGAAAAAGAACCAACUCCAGUAAAAACUCCAGUUUCUUCUCCAUCUGUGACAGAAAUCGGUGGAGAUGUUGGGGAACAAGAACAAAUGACAGAAAAAGGAUUUGACAUUCCAGCUGCCACUACUCCUAUUGGCACACCUGCUGCUACUCCAGUUGAUACACCUCUUAGAGUAACUACUCCAAGCCCUCCUGUAUCAGAACAUGGCUCUGAUGCAACAAGAAUGGGAAGCCCAAAACCUCCAAAUCCAUGGGGUGAUGCUGAACUUCCUCUGGAUGAGGAAAAACCCAGUCCUUUGAAUGAAGAAAUUCUCCAUCCAAGAGCUGUUGUAAUGUCGGUGGCUAAAGAUGAAGAACCAGAGAUGUUGAUUUUACCUUCUCCUGAACCAAUUAGACACUUUGAGUCACUUCCUUGUGAACCAAGGGUUCCAUCUCCUGUGCAUGCUCCCAGUUCUGGCCCAUCAACACAUGAAAGCAGCCUGACUGUCACGGAAACAGAAACUGCAGACAAGCCUAUCUCAGAAGGCGAGGUCUUAUUUAGCUAUGGACAGUUGGUGGCUGCAAAAGCGUUAGCAGAAGGAGGACUGUCUCUUCCAAACCUCAGUGAAAGUUUAACUAGCACGCUACAUGAUGCAAAUGAAAUGGAUUACGAUCCUCCCAGUGAAGGACAGGUCAUGAGAAGACCCCAUAGGGGAUACCACAGAGAUCCGGUUCUCUCUCUUUUUGCUAAACUAAAUCAGGCACCAGUUGCUUUACAAGAAGUAAUUUACCACUCUGAGGAUUCUGAUAAUAGUGUUGGAGAACUUAGUGAAGGCCAAAGACCUAGACUGACUAGAGCAGCAGAAAGUAUUCUAAUGGGACAUUCAGUUUAUACAGACCAGGUGACUGGCCUGGUUACUGAACAGAGACCCCACCGUGUACCAUCACCAGGAGAGUGUGACAGGGUUACAGCAGAACUUCUUGGAGAUGCUGCAGAUGUUAGUCAUGGUCCAAUGAGCAUGGCUGAAUUGGAGUCUCAGCCACUCUUAAACCCUGCUCCUCAAACAGCACAAGCAAAUGACAGACUAACAUCUCUAUCAGAAGAUUUUCCAGAGAAGCAGAGCCAAAAGGUUGUGCAAGUUGAACCAGUACGAUCCCGAGUCAUUCGUGUGAGAAAUAAAUCUGAAGUAACACAGCAGCAAGAUUCCCAGGGAGACAUGGAUCGGACACAUAUUGAGCCCAAUAUGUACCUCACAUUGUUACUUAAAGGAGAGGAAACUGUACCACAUUUAAGUUCACUGACUUCUCCGGCGAAGAUGUCAGUGAUGCUGCCUUCCAUGAAUAUAGAUGACCAGACGCAAAGUAUCAGUACGGUACAUGGGGAUUCAGACUCUUCAGGAACAGAUACCUUUUAAAACAUGGGGUUUUUAUUAACAGUCACAUAUCUGAAAAUUUUCUAGGGAAGUAUUUUGUCUAGCUAGUGUUAUAAUCCAUAUAUUUUUGGCAUGAAAUCUCUCAGUACUGUUUAUUUUCUACUUACUGUUUUUUGUAAUUUUGUAUUCAUCGGAAUGUAAAUCUAGAAAAUUAUUUUGUUGUGAAUAUAUAAAGUAUUUUAAACAAAAAUAAAAGAAUGUAAUUUUUCAGCAUUACUGGGAUUAAAUGGCCCUCACUCUGAUUUAUUUGAAAAUGCAUUUAUAUGUUGAGUAUUUGAGUAUGAAGGGGAUCUGUAUUAUAGACCUCUUUAAUUCCCUGGCAAAAUUCCCAUUGAUUUCAAUGGGUAAAGGAUUGGGGCCUAUCGUAUGUCUCAAAGGCCUUUGAAAUUAUUUUGAUCUCUAUGAAGAAUUAUACAAAUCAAUGGGAUUUCUUGACAGAUCUUUUGAAAGAAACAGGCUAAACCACAACACAGCAAAAAAGGAGAAACAGCUUUGGAGAGGAAGAACACAUAAAUGACUCUGCCAUAAGUUUAAUAUGCUGGUUAGCUGGUCAUCGUAACAGAAUGGAUUUUCAGUUAUUGAAAAGGGGAGUUUGGAAGUAAAAUAUAUUUGAAAACCAAGUAUUGAAAGAAGAUUAUGUUCUUAAAUAUGUUGAGCAGUUUUGAUUCACUCCUAGAACUCUCCUAACAAACAAUAAGGCAACACAGACACAAUUGCCUUCUUUGUGGUUUUACUAUAUGUAUUUCUUCUUGCAAGAGUUAUUAUAUUUUUUUUCAAUAUUUUGGCAUGUAAGUUUCUUUAGAGUUGUUUUUCAUUCUUGAACUGUGACUGUA